AUGCAGGCCAUGCUCGGCAUGAACUACUUGAUGUGGCCAGGGGGCGGCUGGCCGCUGCCGUACAUGGGCGGCCAGCCUGGCAUCCCUCCGGGCGGCAUGGCGCCCGGUGCCUUGGCAUUCCCAGGCUACGGGUGGCGUGGUGACCAUUCGGAGGAGGGCCACGGUCGAGACAGGGAGCUUGGUGGGUACGAUCCCACCAGCAUUGUGCACAUCCCACGGAAGCACCUGGGCAAGGUCAUAGGCAAGCAGGGCGCCACCAUCAAGGGCAUCCGGGAGAUGAGCGGCGCCAAGGUCCACUUGAACGCCGAGGACAAGGAGGCGACUGGCCCGACAUGCAGGCUCCGCGUGUCGGGCACGCCGGAGCAGGUCGAGCGGGCCAAGGCGAUGAUCGCGGAGGUGACGCAGAGCGUGGUGAGGAGCACGCGCCCCAGCGACGACCGCAGCCGCAGCCGUGACCGCGGCGGCGGCGGCUGGGCGGGGCUGGACAGCCAACACGAGGGCCCCAUCACGUCCAUAGAGGUGGAGCAGACCUUCAUGGGACGCAUCAUCGGCAGGCAGGGCACGAACAUCAACCGGUUGCGCAAGGCCAGCGGCGCUGUGAUUACUUCCUCGAAGCUGAGCGAGGACCGGACCGUCCUCAAGAUCAGCGGCAGUGAGGAUGCCGUGGAAAAGGCGACGACGGAGAUCAAGGAUCUUAUUGAGCGCAGUAGGCAGGAGCUCGAGGAUGGCGUCUCGGCGCCCGACGAGCACGGCGGCAUAGAGGCAAAGGGUGCCAAAAAUGUGACCUACCCCGCCGCCAUCGCUGGCGGCAUCAUAGGCGUGAAGGGAGCGAAGAUCAAGGAGGUCAGAGACACCACUGGCGCGAGGAUCCACGUCAACGUGGUCGACGGCCGCACCGAGGUGAAGAUAACAGGCAGGGAGGAUGCCAUAGCGAAAGCGGAGGCGGCCAUAAAUGCCAUGGCGGAGGAAGCCCUAGAGGCGCUGAAGACGGCGGCCUCGGAAGAGAACAAGGCCAAGGGAAGCUGCGACGAGGACGGCAAGGAGCCCGCCAAGGGCAAGGGCGCGGACGGCGACGGACAGGAGGGGUCGACACGCCUGACCCUCGAGUUCCUGAGCAGUGCGUUCGGGAGCAUCGUCGGCACUGGAGGCUCGAAGAUACAGGACAUCCGCAAUCAGAGCGGCGCGAGGGUGCACGUCGAGAAGGUCGAGGGGGAGGACCUGUGCAAAGUCCACAUCAUUGGCAGGCGUGGCCAGGUGCAGCAGGCCAGGGCCCUCGUCGAGUCCAUGGCCGCAGACCCGGAGGCGCAGCCGUCCAGAGGCAGCCAGCCACGAAGGGAGCACGGCGGGAAGGGCGGCAAGGGCGGCAAGGGCAAGGCCAAGGGCGCGGGCCACGAGGAGGUAACCAUCCCCAUCCCCAAGAGUGUGCUGGGCCGCGUGAUCGGCAAGGCGGGCGCGAACAUCAAGAGCAUGAAGCAGGACAGCGGCGCCCUCAUGCGCAUCACCUCGCAGGACACCGACCCGUGCCCGCUGCGCAUCACCGGCUCGUGGGAGCAGAUCCGGACCGCCAAGGCGCUGCUCCGCGACCUCCUGGAGGACACCGGGGUGGAGCUGCCCGAGCUCUCUGCCCCGCUGGCGUGCGGCGCCGUGGACCCCUGGUGGCCCGAUCAGGGCGGCUACCCGGGCUACCCCAUGGGCGGCCUCGGCGGCCCGAUGGGCUACGGCGGCCCCAUGGGCGGCCUGCCCGGCGGCUUCGGCCCCUACGGCAUGCCUGGCUACGGCCCGUGGGGCCUCGAGCCGCCGCCCGGCGUGGUCCGGGGCAGGUCCCGCGGGCGCGACCCGCUGCAGGAGCACCCUGGCGGGCGCCGCUCCCGCGGCAGAGGCGGCAGCAGCAGCGUCGCGAAGGCGCUGCCGGCUGGGGCCCCGGAGACCGCCAGCGCCGAGCCCGAGAUCGACCUGGACGAGCUGUAG